AGUCAAUACAUUAUACACGUGGGGUUUUGCCUUACCACCUCAUAUCCAUACUCAGUCUCUUUCCAAUCUACCGAUUAACUACUGUUCACUGUUGUGCAUCGUUCCGCCAUGGCUACUCAAGGAAAGGUCAUCACCUGCAAAGCUGCGGUGGCGUAUGAGGCUAACAAGCCCUUAGUGAUUGAAGAUGUGGAGGUUGCACCGCCUCAAGCCGGUGAAGUUCGAGUGCAGAUUCUCUUCACUGCACUUUGCCAUACCGAUGCUUACACUUGGAGUGGCAAGGAUCCCGAGGGACUCUUUCCAUGUAUUCUUGGUCAUGAGGCUGCUGGGAUUGUGGAGAGUGUUGGUGAAGGGGUGACAGAAGUUCAACCCGGGGACCACGUCAUACCGUGUUAUCAAGCGGAAUGCAAGGAAUGCAAGUUUUGCAAAUCAGGGAAGACCAAUCUAUGUGGCAAAAUUAGAGGAGCCACUGGAUUUGGUGUGAUGAUGAGCGAUCGCAAGAGCCGUUUUUCAGUCAGGGGAACUCCGAUUUAUCAUUUCAUGGGCACCUCUACUUUUAGUCAAUACACUGUUGUACAUGACGUAAGCGUUGCAAAGAUUGAUCCCAAAGCCCCUUUGGAGAAAGUGUGCCUUCUUGGUUGUGGUGUUCCUACUGGCCUCGGUGCAGUUUGGAACACAGCAAAAGUCGAAGCAGGUUCAAGUGUUGCUAUUUUCGGUCUUGGAACUGUUGGUCUUGCAGUGGCAGAGGGUGCAAAAGCAGCUGGUGCUUCACGAAUAAUUGGUGUAGAUAUCGACAACCGAAAGCUUGAUCGAGCAAAAAGGUUUGGUGUGACCGAGUUUGUGAACCCAAAAGAACAUGAGAAACCAAUACAACAGGUUCUUGUUGAGAUGACAGAUGGAGGUGUUGAUUACAGUUUUGAGUGUAUCGGCAAUGUUUCCAUAAUGAGGGCUGCUUUGGAGUGCUGUCACAAGGGGUGGGGAACAUCGGUUAUCGUGGGUGUUGCAGCAUCCGGUCAGGAGAUGGCCACUCGUCCGUUUCAGUUGGUUACUGGUCGUGUUUGGAAAGGCACAGCCUUUGGUGGUUUUAAGAGCCGUUCACAAGUGCCUCAGCUUGUUGAUAAAUAUCUAAAAAAGGAAAUCAAGAUUGAUGAGUACAUAACACACAAUUUGACACUUGAGGAGAUCAACAAGGCUUUUGAAUUGUUGCAUGGAGGGGAUUGUCUGCGUUGUGUGCUUAAGGUCUAAAACAAGCCCCAUUAGACUCGGGGCGACUUUGAAGUUGAAAAUAAAGUGAAUGCAUGUGUGUCUUCUUUUUAUCUGGUUAAUUUUCAGUAUGCGGAUUUUGUUUGGUCUAAGAUCCUUUCCAAAGGUGGUUUUUGUAGUCAAAAGCGAGCUGGUGGUCAUGUACUAUUGAGAACAAGUUGGUGAUCUCUAUGAUCUAAGAGAAAAGUGUUGGUGGUCUCUGUGAUCUUAGAGAUGUUUUAUGUAUGGUGAUCUUUGCUUCAAACCAAAUAUUUUAUGAUAGUGUA